GAAAUUGCUUUAAAGAAUACACAAGACCUGCAUAUACCACGGCCGCCAGAAUACUACUCCUGUCUUGUCAGAGAUCUAGAAAUACUGGGUUGGAAUAAAGUCGUGUACGUGGAUACUGGCCUUACCGCAGUCAAGCUAAAAGCUGAAGACUCUUGUGGUAGACAGCAUCUCGUCACUCUGAAGUUAAAUGCAAAGUAUCCAACAGAACCACCGGAUUGCCUUGUGGAUUUUCCUGUUCAGUUUGCUAUUUCCUGGAUGCCACAGAACUCCUUAAUAGACAUCUAUAAUCAGUUCCUGGCGGCACUGGAAUCACUGAAAGAAUUCUGGGAUGCCAUGGAUGAAAUUGAUGGGAAGACAUGGGUGCUUGAGCCAGAAAAUCCCACACGGAGUGCUACCGGCAGAAGAAUUGCAAUAGGGAACAACGUUUCGGUGAACGUAGAGGUAGAUCCUCGGCAUCCAAACAUGCUCCCCGAGUGUUAUUUUCUUGGAGCAGAUCACGUGGUUAACCCUUUGAGAAUUAAGCUGAACAACAAUAUGCACUUAUGGGAUCCAGAAAUCAGUUUAUUACAAAACUUGAAAGACCUCUUAGAAAUUGAUUUUCCAUCUCGUGCUGUGUUAGAAAAAAGCGAUUUUGCCAAGGACUGUGGAAUCUGCUACGCCUAUCGACUGCACGGCACUACUCCAGAUCAAGUGUGUGACGAUCCCCGAUGCGGACAACCUUAUCACCAGGCUUGCCUGUAUGAGUGGCUACAAGGUCUUCCUUCUAGCAGACAGAGUUUUAAUGUCAUCUUUGGUGAAUGUCCUUAUUGUAAUAAGCCACUAACACUGAAAUCUUCAACCAAGAAACUUUGA